AUGGACGAUUUCGACAAUUUUGAGUUUAUCGAUUACACGACCUCAGGACCAUGGGAACGUUUCAUCACACAGAUUGAAGACAGCUUACGUUCCUGGGGUCUUGUGAACGGAAAACUAGGUGUGUUUGACCCAGCCGUUUUCGCUGUUACAGAAGCCUCUGACGCGACCGUUGGAGCAGAGCCUGUAAAGAAACAGCCAGCCAUGACCAUGGCCGCGACUUCAAACAUUGACAAAAGCGACGAUGAAUAUUCAGACAAUGAUACAGGCGAGGCAGGAAACAAUCGUGGUAGUAGCGAUAGCACAAACAAUAAUAAUAAUAAUAACAGAUCAUAUCAGGUCAGAGAGAUGCUCAGUCUAGACGACGCGACCUAUGCACUUUCAUAUCACUACCAUCCUGCUAAAGCCCGAGUGGCCGCAGGUGUUGAAAGGAUUGAUCUGGAGUUCUUGCCGAUUUCUCUUGAAGGAGUACAACAUCAUAGUCUCCAUCGCUGGACAUCUUUGACACACAUUCUCAUCAUCUCUCCAGUUACCAUCUCUGAUAUCUUUGCAUCAACCAUGUCAUCAUCUUCAUCAACAUCUAUGGUCAUUGACCUAAGUAGCGCCAAGCUCUUACUAUCGUCGUUCGCAAUUGCUUUUCAAAACACGGGAUGCAGUGUGCCGGUGUUCGUGCCCACAGGUCAGCCCUGGAACCUGACCUUUACAGGACUGAUGAUUCAACCCUUAAUACAGCCAUCAGCGCCAGAUCCGUCUCCGGAUUUAUCGUCUUCAAUAGCAGAAAACGAGGGAACGGAAUGGGAUGAAGGUUGUUUUGAAGAUGACAAUUAUGAACAAGGUGUCGAGGUCCGGUUCAAUACUAUCCUUGUCCCUUAUCCGCCUGUCCAAUAUACCCAUCUUUCUGGGAUUUUAGACUUCUUUAUGGAAAGGAUGGGAAUCGAGGACUGUAAUCCUGCAGCUUCUUUUACCUCAGGAAAGUACAGUCGUAGUUUGAAAGAGCAAAUCCACACAUCAGCGCUUUUCUGCUACGAUCUUGUGAAUUGGCAUGAUGAGGAUUGGAGAAGAUGGAGGGAGGGCACAGGCGACAAAAAUGUGACGAAGAGUACAUCAAACCCCAACCAUGAGACAGUAUUUUCGUCUGAUAAUGACGAACCGAUAUUGGAAGCACCAGAUGCAGCUAUGAAUAUGGAUGAAAUUAAAACUGAGGACAGAAAUCUUUCGACUCUCCCAAUUCCUGUUAUUCCUUUUGGACCUAUCCAAGAUCCACUACGGUCCAUGCGACUCUUUGCAAGGUUUGCGAGUAUGCCAUGUAGUGUAUAUUUGGAUAACAGUAACAUGGCAGAUAUGGAUGCAGGUCAUGCAAACAUCUGGAUUCUACAGGCAACCUUCAAAGAGGAUAGCUAUGGUAUCCUCAGUGGUAUCUUGGAAGAUGUAAUUUCUUCUUGGAGCUCCGAGGCUGUAGGUGGUGAGCGUAGCGAACACAAAGCAGGCGAUGGUCGGGCCUAUGGAGCUCUACUGCACAAAGGCGCACGGUUGAUCCAAGGAGCCAUCAGCAUGGUUGAUGCAGUAGAAGUUGAGAAUAUUGUUGACACACUUUUCGAGGGGCCACCAUCACCAACUCCUGCUGCUACUGUUCAGCGACCUUCAUCACAUCCCGAGAUAGGCGCCAACAACCACAACAUACGGCUUAUACCUGCGUCUGAGCUUGGUUUACAAUUCCGCCAUGCCACUACAGUGCCCUAUAACUCGUUUCUUUGGAGAAUGAUUCAAUACCUUCUAGAUGUGGUUUCACCUAGCUCGGAGGUCCCAUAUACGACAUCAGCCAUGGGGUUCAUAAAAGUACUUUGGUCGGAGCUGCUGAAGCAAUUCUAUUCGCGAUGGGAAAACAGUCAGCUGAUCCCCAUGGUAGAUAUAUUUGGCGACGGUUACACCGAUGACGACAAAUCCUCACACAAAUAUAAUGCUAACCAAGAGAGGAAGCCAGUGGCGAUCGAUCUUCGGUACAAUCUACUUCAUCAAAAGUUGUCGAUGCUCAACUGUUGUAUUGCUAGGCAGAUCACAUGUGAGAAGGAGGCCCCUAGGCAUAUCCAUCCGGUACUAAAGCGACGGAAAAAAAAGUCUAAAGAGCAGAUGGUGGAGGAUGUAGAGUUAUCUCAAGAUAACAGCCAUCGGCAUGCAGUCCCUGGGGCGCAGCCAAUACAAAAUCGAACGGCUCAGAUCCAAGGGUUACUGCACGGCCUUUCAAAUAUCUCUCGCCCACGUUCAGCAGACAUGGUGCCUACAGCUAAGCGUCUUUUGGAGUCUGUUAAAAACCGUGGAGCUGCAACCUUCCCUCAACAGCAACAGCAGCAGUGUGAUCAACAAGAUGGUGCCAUAUCGCCAUCAUCAUCGGCGACAUCAUCUCCUACUAGACCCUCAACAUCUCAAUUCACAUCAAAGACUGAGCCGUCCUCACCUACUGCAGCUGUACCAAUACCCAAGCUCGAAACACUUGGACGCAGACAAAGCAGCAGUCGACAGCAAAGUAGCGAUAACGAUGAUGAUGAUGAAGACGUUUUUUAUGACCCUAUCGUAGAGGACACUACUGAAUCUCUUUUGGACCCAUACGAAUCGCAAAUGCAGCGACGAACACUUCCUAUGACAGAGUCAUAUGUGGCUCUAAAGUAUUCGUCAAGCGCGGAUUCUCAAUCAGGGGUUCUAGUGAAUGAUUUAGAUCAGUCAUCUGUGGAUGUUGGUGGACCAGAUCCGAGGGAGGUAGCAGAUGAAUCAAAGAGUGAAGGGGGUCUGAUGCCACUAAAAGAUUUAAAACUAUUGCAAACUGGUGCACCACUAUUGAUCCCUAAACUUCAGGAACUUGGCUAUAUGACUGAGGAUAUGAUAAAACAACAGGAGGAAUUCUUUGAAACACUUGGAUCUUCUUCUGAUGGUGCAAAAAUGCGCGCUAAAAUGCAAUCGGUGCAGCUAAUCUCAGAUAUGGAGGCGUUUAAAGCAGCCAACCCAGGCUGUGUUUUGGGCGACUUCAUCCGCUGGCACUCACCGAAGGAUUGGGUCGAAGAUAAGGGUGAGAUAAGCGCCCGCAUGGCAGAUGCUGGCAACUACUGGCAGGAAUUAUGGGCGCAUUCCAAGCGAAUCCCGGUUAGCCGUCAAACACCACUGUUCAAUCAUAAUCAGGAGGCCGCGAAAGUGCUUUUUUACCUGGACAAUAUCACGCCUGACCAACUUUUUAAGCAACUUCUCCCGACAAUGUGCCUUAUUGCAUAUGAUAUCUUGGUAUCACAUCCAAUCGCUUUACACAUUCGUCAGAUAGCGCAAGAUCUGAAGGAGCUGGCCAAGGACUUGACAGAGUUCUCAUGGGAUGAGCUCGCUGGUGGAAAUGAAGACCUGAACCUAAGAUCGAUCCUUGAAAGGUUCCGAGAAACUGAGCUCUUGAUGAGCCGAGCCAUAGCCCUUGUUCGAAAGUUCCCGGAGCAAUACGGUUUGGUAGAGAAAAUUUUGGAGAACCAAGAAGCGGUCGUUGAAGAUGGACAAGAGCGUGAAUGUGUCUAUGACUUAUUCUCAAUCGGAGGCUCACUACAAUCAUCAUUCCCGAAGCCAACGUCGCGUGAGUUUGUACUGGAGGCGUUUGACCCUGAUGCCACUGAAACAACAGCCUCGUCCAAAGCCUCCCCAAACUAUUUCUCCUCUAGGCCACUUCAGCGCCGCAUGUAUGCAUGUUUCAAAGAAUCCGAGGUCAGGAUUGUGGAAGCCAUUGCAAAAGAUGGUUUAUACAUGUAGAAAGAUGUAAAACAGGAGUCAAAAUAUUCAC